AAUUAUGAAUUUGAGAGAGGGAGACUAUAUGCGUGUAAAUUUCGUUAUGAUUUCACGCGAAAUUUUCGUUUGAUUGCCUCUAAACAAGUUUUGUGACCAAGAUAAACUCAUGCCGAAAUACGGCACCAAGACAUACAGCCGUAAUCGCGCUAAAGAAUCAAAACUUUCCAAGGAAUUUGAUGAGAUUCAACAGAGUGAGAAUUCGGAUGCGAACGUUACAUUAGGGCAGAAGACGUUCUCAAGAGGGAAGUCCAGGAAGUCUCCGUGGGCUAGAACAAGUAGAAUAAUCGAAAGCAAUGCUGGUCUGAUAAAGGCAGGGAAUAUCGAUGCAUCAAAGACAAGCAAACGGCGAAGAUUAGGCACGAUCGAUGAGAAAGACCCGUAUGCUUUCGACGAAGAUGACGUGACGAUUUCACACUCACAGAAGAGUGCUCUGCAAAGUAACGCUAUCGUACCAGAGAAACAAGCGAUCGCGCCAGAAGUUACCGAUAAAAGUACUGAUGAUGAAGCUUAUAGCAGCUCUCAAGAAUUUAGUGAAAAUUCAUCCCAAGGAGGCGAGAAGAGGGGCACUUAUACUUACAGAAAGAAGCUCAGUUCGUCACCUUUUAAGAGUUUUCUGAAGAAUAAUGACAAGUCUCUAUCACCAAAGAAAGACAAAUUAAGAAGACUCUCGGCCUUGCCCACAAGUGCUGAUUUUAGUGAAGAGUCACAGGAUGAAGUACCCUCAGAUGCCCCAAGUCUUGCUCCAGCUGUGUGUCUACCACAGAAAAAAGAUACUGAUUCUCCAAGUGCAAUCAGAGUUAAAAGAACUGAUAAACCACUUUUCACAGUAGUGAGGAAUGUCAAACAAGUCCAUGAAUGUCUAGAGUCAGGAGAAGACCAGCAGUUUUUUGAUGAUGUAGAGUACCUUCUGGAUGGUCUCAAUGAGACUCGUUCAAUUUCCACCCGCUGUGUCAGUGCUCUGGAUUUUGCAUCACACUGUGCUCAACCCUCUUUCAGAGUGAACCUUCGGGCCCAUGGCAUGGGACCUAAAAUAUUUUCAGCUCUUCAAGAUGCACCUUCAGAUAAGUGCUUGGCGCUUUGUACAUCAGCGAUUACCUUGAUGUUAUCUCAGGAUCGUCAAAAUGCUGACUUGGACAGAUCUGUUCUUG